CGGAGCUACGGUCUGUCAGCUUCGUUUCUUAGCAAUAUAUCCACCGGACUACAGAGAGCUAGGCUAACUACCACCGCUCACAGCACAGAAACUUACAGCCACAGAGCUCCAACAGUACACUAAAACAACACAAAACGGCAGAAAUAAGGCAUGGCGGCCAUAAGGAAAAAGCUGGUGAUCGUGGGCGAUGGAGCAUGUGGAAAGACCUGUCUGCUCAUAGUAUUCAGUAAAGACCAGUUCCCUGAAGUUUAUGUUCCCACUGUGUUUGAGAACUACAUUGCGGACAUUGAGGUGGAUGGCAAACAGGUGGAGUUGGCACUGUGGGACACAGCAGGUCAGGAAGAUUAUGAUCGUUUAAGACCACUCUCCUACCCAGACACGGACGUCAUCCUUAUGUGCUUUUCUAUUGACAGCCCAGACAGUUUAGAGAAUAUUCCAGAAAAGUGGACACCCGAGGUGAAACACUUCUGUCCCAAUGUUCCCAUCAUUUUGGUGGGGAAUAAAAAGGAUCUACGGAAUGAUGAACACACACGGCGAGAGCUGGCUAAGAUGAAGCAGGAGCCUGUUAAACCAGAGGAGGGCAGGGACAUGGCUAACCGUAUUAGCGCCUUUGGCUACCUGGAGUGUUCAGCCAAGACUAAGGAGGGCGUGAGGGAAGUGUUUGAAAUGGCAACUAGGGCAGCACUGCAGGUCCGGAAGAAGAGGAAGAGGAGUGGAUGCUUGAUCUUGUGAGAAAUGUCUGGGAAAGUUCUGAGAAAGCUUUUGAGAAGUAUCCAGAAAUGUCUGUACGCCGUUCAACUGACCAGGAAAAAAAAAAAAAAAAAAAACUGAGUUUUUAACCAAACAGCGUCUAUGUACUGUACUGAAUGUCACAUAUGCAUCAAAAGGACCAAGACUGGGCAGUUAGAACAAGAUAUGCCUUGAUUAUUUAGUUAUAUCAACAUGUAGCACAGCAGGUCUUUUGUGCUACAGGGGGGGUGAGGUUUUCACCAGAGUAUGAUGAUGAUUUUGGUGAUUAUGAUAAAUGUGUUGUAUGCAUUCACACUAACUGUAUGUCUUAUGUCGUUGCCCAGAUAACGGUUAUUAUAUCCUAAAUGUGGCAUGAGGUCUUCUUCAUUUGAAUUUUGAAUUUGAGAUAUAGGGUGAAAAAUUAACAUAUAGCGCAGUGUGUGUUAAUGGAAUUGGUGCCUUUUGAGUUUUCUUCAGAUUUGAAUGUAUUUGCACAGAACUAGUUUGGCACUCCUCUUGAAUAUAAGUAACUAUAUAUUUUUUCUUUUCUGCUUAUUAAUUGUUUAUUUAAACUGCACUGCCCUCACCUUUGGUGAUUUUAUGUAUAGGGAGGCAUAAAUACAUGCAGUCUAAUUCAGUUGUUCGAUCUACAUCUAUAUCUAUACUACUCUGUUCUGGCCUGGGUUCAGUAAUCCUCUUGAGUGACCGAUGAUAUGAUUGGUUCUGCUAUGAUUAGAUCUAAAUUGCCCUGCCAAACCAAGAGAACCCUGUUAAAUAGGCCAUAAAAUAGCAGUAAAAACAAACCCGCCAUACAGAUAUUUGUACACUUUGAGGUUUGUUUUGAUCAUGUGUAGUGGCCAUCAGUGCUUCUACCCACUGUAAUUAACUACCUGCGUGCCUUCCACCGUCUUUUGAGUUGCCCACUCUUAUUACAGGUAUAAUUAAGUUAAAAGUAUUGAAUGUAGUACUGGAGUAAGUUUUAUUAAUAUUUGCAGAACAUGAUUACUGUUCUUGUGUUGCAUGCCAGUAGUGAUGUUGUUGUGACAUCAUCUGUUGCUGACUGUGCAAAGGAAGAAAUGAUUUGCAGAUUUACAGUUUACUGCCCCCUGCUGGUGAGCUGUGGUAGAUGAAUUAAUUCUUGCACAGAACCUGCACUAAGCAACUAAAAAAAGUGAAUUCUGUGCUGUUUAUGUGCCCCUUAUCUGUCACUCCAAAGACAUUGUUCUUUAUUGGAAGUUUACCAGCUCUCCUGAGUUCCCAGAGCAAACACCAAGCUUACAGAACAAUACAGUACAGGACAAGUGACCAUUCUUAGAGUUUACAGUUUGCCAUGGAUAAAGCCAAGGAAUGUAGGGUAAGAGGGCAUUACACAAGAGCAGCUCAUCUGGCAAUUACAAAGCACCGAAAAGUCAGACAACACAAAAUCGAGCACACUUCUGCUUCUGUUUUCUUUCUCUUUUUUUGUUUUGGCCCAUUGUAUUGUGGCAGAAACACUAACUAAUCAAAUCCACUGUCAUUACCUGCAAUUCAAUUCUUGGUUACCCUUCAUAUGAACAAGCUUUCACAUUGCUAUGGUCUUCCUCUUUAGUCGGAAGUACUGAAUAUGAAAAACUAUAUAAUACAGAUUUAUAUGAGCACUCAUUGUAAUAAUUAUUUGUACGCAGAACUAGUAUUGCAGUUAAUGUUUCAGUGAAACCAACCCAUGAUAAUAAACCUUUUUUUGCAACAAGA